AUGCUAUUGAAUCUUGGUCUCACAGCGGAUGCCGCAGCUGCCCAUGCCCAUGAACCAAAUGAACCUGAGACACAAACUUCCCCUGCCUGUUCACCAACCUUCUCAUUGUCCGCCCUACCGCUGUGGAACUCUUUUUAUCCUCGCCCAAAAACCCCCGAUGGGUUUGCUGCGUGUCCUGGGGUAGUUUCCGCCAUGGAAAUGAGGCCAACUGAUGUCGCGUCGGGCUCGGGUCCGAUGAGGCCAGCUUCUGCUGUUGCCAGACCACAGGCCGUGCGUUCCACCACUGACCGGAAGUCGCGACCCAAAACAGCUUAUCAAUUUGCGCACCCGGCUGCGCACGCGCGGCAUAAGCGGUUGAGAUUUCGCCCCAAGCUUCUCUUGCAGCUGCAACAGGUGUCGCAGACCCCCCGACCACUCCCGGUGGUUGAUGUCCUGCCUUCCACCUCAUAUCUGCCCCUCCUGGCGCGCAAGUUCCCGGCGAUCUAUCGCACCCGAAACGGAUUGGGUCCGAACGACGUGGUUGUGGUAAUAAGCGAACAGUAUGAGCAAUCAGUGGCGAGCAUCCCCGAAAAACGGGUCAGCUCGGAGGACGAGGAUGAAGACCAUCGGGAGGUGGUGGCCACAAUUUGCCAAAAGCUCCAGGAGGACGCGCGAUUGAAAGGGAAGGCGGAAAUCUGUCUCAAUUUUGGACCCGUCUGGGAAGCAACACCUCUACCGAGCGGGUCUUACGAAUUCGUGGCGCAGACAGACAAUGGCGUGCAGGUGGUGAGGUGGGCGCUGCGCAGUGGGAGGAGCCGUCGAAUGACUGCCCCUUCGGGUGGCCCUACGGCCCAACGCGAGGGCGGCAAACGCUUUACCUUUAGUGUGAUCGACCCCAGCACUCGCCGACACCCAGUUAUCGCAUCUUUGACUAGAAACCAGCUCGAGGUACAUGACGAAUAUUCCAUGCCGACCCGGUCUGGUACCGGUCCCACCACGCCGUCCUCGGGUAUGUCCGUGGCCAGUGACGCCUCUGAUGGCGAGGCCCCACUUAAUUCCCAAACGGUCACUCUCGACGAUGGGCUUCGAACUCUGAUUAUCAUCACCGGCAUUUGGGUCGCUUUUCGGGAAGGAUGGUCCGAUAAUCUUCGCUAUGGCGAUCCGGUCUCUGCUACAGGCGCGAAGUCGCUCAUGUCUCCUACUGCCCACAAACAUACUUCGCCUACAACAGCCAAGAUGGAACUCGACUCUUUCCCCGAAAACGAGCCGGUAAGCCCUGUGAAGGAGGUCACGAAUGGAGCCAAACGGUGCAUGUCGAUGUCCAAGAUUCGCCGUUCCAACACCCCUACACUGCCCGAAGGAGAUGCAUUCGGUAGCCUGUCUAAACGCUCAAAUUCCACCGGCGCCGCAUUUAUGGAUCGUGCGAAACGGCGAUCCGCCUCUGGACUCAGCACCCGGGUAAACAGACACAGCAUGUUCACAAGCUCCGGUGAAGUUGGCCGCGAAAUUGUUGUCUCACGCCCCACCUCACGUCCUCCAUCCAUACGUCAAAGCUCCGUCGAGUCAGGCGAGCUACCACAAUCCCUUCGAUCAAAAGAAAGAUCACCCACCAAAACAAAAGCAAAUCAUGAGAUUCCGACAGUCGCACCCAGACCAGACAAAGACAUCCCCUCAACCUCUCGCACAACGCAAAAAUGUACCCCCAAAGAAAAAGCACUCCCUCACCACCCCGAAGGCACAGAUGCAGCCCCAGCCAAGAGCAAGCGCCGGAAUCGCCUCAGCUCCUUCUUCGGGCUGUUUCAUCGAAAACACGAUACCCACUGA